GGAUCUCAAAAAUGAAAUUACUACAAUAAUCUGGUUGAAAAUUAACUACUUCUAAAGUAAGCUUGCUUUGCCUUCUAUAUAACUCUUAGGCAACUCUUUGCAACACACACAUUCUCUACUUCUUUCUCUCUUCGUUUCUUCAGAAGAAGUGGCCAUGAAGCCUAUGGCAUAUAAGCUUGCAUUAUUUGCAUUCAGGGUGUUUUUUUUUCUAAAUUUGGCUCCAUUGCAGCCCAUCCGUGCUUCCCAAAAGGCAACGUGUUCGUAUACACUGGAGGUGAAGACCAGGAACAAAUUUCUUCAUUUAGUUGGUAAACCAGGAAUCAAAGAUCCUGUUCAUGUGAGGUUCCGCAACAAAAGUGGAAUAGAGGUGUUCAAAAAGCAUCUGAACGAGAAAACGGAGAACACAUCAUUUGAGCCUGGUAAUAUUGAUCCAUUCAAUUUAAGUGGCCCUUGUUUGGAGGGUAAAAUCUGUCUACUGGAUUUUAUGGUUGACGGCACAAAUGAAUGGCGUCCUGACUAUGCCAAUGUCCGUCGUGAGAAUAUGGAGAAACCCGACACUUUCCAUUUCCAAGAAAAAUUCCCCCCCAAAGUGUGGCAUGGCCGUAACUACUGCGAUGACGAUGACAUUGCAGCAUCUGGUGUAUCAGAAAACUAUACUUUUGACAAUGGCCAGGGAAAUGUGAGACGGAACCGCAAAAGUCCAAGACGAGGACAUUAAAAAGGUAACUUGGUAAACCAUAUCUGGUACGAUGCAUCAAGAUAUUAAUAUUAUUCAUAUAUUGAUAUAUUGUAAUAGAUGUUUGGUGUGUAGCGGUUUCCAAUUGUAUGAGUGUGGAAUAUGGUCUCACUACUUUUGUCUCAAUAGUAAAAGAAUGUAUGUAAUGAUCGAAAUGUAUUAGUGAAUCAGUUAUUCAACUAUUAAUAAAGCAAUGGAUGAAAUAAAUCUUUA